CACAGGAGCUUUAACUACAUUUUAGGUAAUAAAUCACAUCCUUUCAUGUCAAUAAGGGAAACAAUUGUUGAUUUCACCUCUUGUAAAAGUAAGAGCGCUUGUAUUUAAGGCUGCUGAAAUGUCACACCUCUUGUAAUAGAGGGACGGACGUUUACACUGGAAGCAGCUCCAUGUGACUGGACAUACUACUCUAUUUAUAACAGCUGAGAGCAAGGCCUCAGUCCCACACAGGCAAGGACAGACGGACAUCAGAGCUGAAAUGUCCCUGCAGGCAGAAAGUACUGACACCUUCCAAGUGUACAUUUGGUCCUUCUGCAGUCGGUAGGAACCCAUCUAUUCCUGAAAGAUUCUUGUGUGAAAAUGUUGAAACUGUCUGCUGGUUUGUGUUGGUUGUGCUGCUAAUGUUUACAGAGAAGCCCUUUGUUGACUUUGACUUUAAGACAAAGAUUAGACCGAUCAGACAAAGAUAGUUUGAGUGAAAAUGGAGGAAUGCUCUGAAAUAAUCACACCUUUAUUUAAAAAUGAUAAAACAGAAAUAUUAUUGGACAAAUUCAACAAAAAGUUACCUUUUGUGUAUUUUUUAAAGUUGGAGCAUUCUCCAGUAUGACUACAUUUUUAAUGUCAUGUUAUUUCACCCUCACUUUGUGUACAUGAACUAUCACUUCGUGUUUUAGUCGGGCUAAUUCUGUGCGUUGUACCCUGACAUUGGGCAGCUGAAUUUUUCAUAUCAGGUCAUAUGACUCAAAGUAUUUUGGGGUCUGUUAUGGAGCCUGUGCUCUGGUAUUGCUUUGCUGCUCUCUCAGGUCAUCACCUCUCAAACUUUAAACUAACACAGGAGCUUGUUACCCUUUGGCACAAUAGAGUCCUAAUAACAGCUGAUUAGAUUUUAGACUAAGCUUCAGAUAAAUUCGUUCUAUAUUUAACUCAGAUGUGUUGAUGUAACAUUCCCAACAAUCUAGCAGAGGCACUGAGGUUGACAAACUCCACCACCAGGUGACCUUCAUUAUUUUUCCAUGCAGAACACCUACCUCUACAUCUACCUGAUAGGAAUCUGUUUCUUCUUAUUUUGCAGAUUUAAGAGCAUGUGAGGAUCAAAAUGGAUGAUUUAGAUCACAGCAUGCAUAUUGCAGAAUAUGACUGGACAAGCUUCUAUGUGGACAGUGAGGAGUGUGGUCUGCUUCAGCCUUUGCUUGCCUGCCCUGAUCACUCCACCCUCAGCGAUUCAGAGGAUUCAGGAAAGUCAAGUCCAGUCUUCAUCAAAGGUCAAGUGGAGCCCCGUCAGAGCCGUGAUGAAAACAGUGAAAAACCUGAUAGUAAGGCACUGUGGUGCACAGGAAAAGUGCAGAUCAAUCUGAGUAGUUUAAGGAAAGACGAAGAUGAUCUGAACACAAAAACAGAGGAAGACAGUGACACACGGGUGAACUGUGAAAUAGGCCUUGAUUGCCCUGAAGGAAAUUCCACAAAUAUAGAGGAAGUGCGUUUGAUUUGGUCUGCAGAGCACAUCACAGAGGAUACACAUGAUGAUAUCGCAGCCGCAGUGGGAACUGAGCAAAUGGAUGUUCAGUCUUUGCAUGGAGAGGCAGUAGAGCUGAAAAAGGACAAUGGAGGAUUGCAAACAAAGAGUGACACUUGUGAACUCAAACCCAUACAGAAACCUGACCCACUUUCGUGCAACCAAACAGAAGUAAUUGUGAAUGAGCCACAGAGUACAGACAGAGCUGAGGGCGAGGAAGUGAGCGGUGUCUCUUUAAGAGCUGAAAGGGAGCGCUGGUUCGUGACAAUAAACGACAGUCCUGCAAGACCGCGGGUGCAUAGCAAAAAAAAACGCAGACAAAAAAAACCUUGUAAGGAGGGUCACAUGUGCAGAGGGAGCAGGCAGGAAAAUAGUAAUAACAUUAGUUUUAAACAGGAAGGAAACAAGGAUGGUAAUGAAUCUGGGGGAGGAGGUGACAUAUCGGACAGCUAUCGAGUUCUAAAAGAAAACCCUGAAAGAAUUACAGCGAAAAUCAUCUCAGAUUCAUCCCAAGCGUCUUCAACAUCUGGUGACGAGGACAGUCCAUCAGAGAAAUUAAAAUUGUUUCAUUCCGUCAAAGAAAAUUCCACAUUACAUAAUGUAUUUACAUUCAAAGGCCCUCCGCAGUUGGACAGUGCUGAGUCUGAGGAUGGCGCUGAGUUCUUCUCCACUCACAGUUAUGAUUCUGAGAGUUAUCAGUCAGCUGCUGAAUCAAUAGACGAACCUCGGUAUCUUCAGUCCCUGCAAAGCUCGGUGCCUCUAACUCAAAACAGCUGCCCCCUCUUACUGAUGGGAAAUACCAAUGCUGAUGACACACAGGUUACAAAAAUGCCUUUUAAUGACAGCACUGUAUCAUCCAACCCAACGGCUACGAACGCCGAUGGUCACGAUCGGGCCGAUGUUGAACCUCCCCAGAUGUUUCAAUCUGUGGGUCAAAGUGUUAACAAAAUGCCAGAUGAAGACUCAGUGUGUGUGAAUGACGGUCUCAGCACGAUGCCCUGUGUAUCCUCAGACCCAUCUGGAGUCCAAAAGCAUGAGAUUAAUCUUCCGGCAUCUGCCUGCUCCUCAGGAAAUCAGCACAACCUUUCCUCUGUUCCUGAUUUAACAGUGACACCCUGUGCGGCGGCAGACAGCCCUGAAACAUAUGCUGAAGCUGCCGGGCACACUCGACCUGUGUACGCCAUUUCAGCUUUUUGGGAUGAAAUGGAAAAGCUCACCAUAAAUGACAUUUUGCAGCUCAGAAUGGGGAGAAGCCCUCCUUCACGGGAAACGCAAGAAACAGUGACGCAGAUUGUUGAUGAUUUCCCGUCAAACCCCAGCUCUUUAGCUGAAACUAUGGAGUACGGUCUGUGCAGUGGUGGGUUAACGGAUCCUGACAAUGCAGACUCGGACUACUUUACACAGGUUGAUGAAUCCAAGCCAGAUCGCUCAAGCUGCGAGUUUUCCACCUCUGAUUUUGAGGAAGAGUACUGGCAGUUUCUUGAUGCCAGUAGAAACCCCAGUCCUGACCCUCAGAGUAAAUUCCAACAAGGGACAAGAGACACACCUUACUUUGAGGAAGAAGAGUCCACAUGCUCUGAAGGAAAGGAGACGCCUGUUCCUGCAGAGAACUUUGUAGAGCCUCUCUUUGAGGAUCAAGACUCCAAAGUCUUCAAUUCAAGUGAACAUGUGUGGUCUCGGCAGAUACCCAAAAGUAAAAGUGUUUUUGAUGUCCCCGCUCUCACCAUGGAGGAUUCGUCAUUACAGUUGAUAGUCGGUCAUGAUGACAGCAAUCUUUCUUUCAGCAGCUGUCCAUCUCUGGAAGGAGAUGUGGCUUUAGAUGAAAGUGACAGUCUGGGAAUACUACUACCCCCAGAUUUCCUCUCCAACACACAAGUGCUCGAUGAAAUUUCUCAAAUAUCCUUCCCUGAAGUGUUUGAAAACCUUUUUAAAGAUCAAACAAAGAGAGACAGCUGUGUUACUGUCUACCACCCAGAAAGUUUCCCAUUGGCGACUGCGUUCGACGGCAUUCUCAGUACAUUCAGGGAUGAAACACCUCUCUCCUCCUGCCAUGACUUCCAGUGCAGCGACAAACCCAUCCCAAUUUUCUCCUGUUCUCAUCCUACAGUCCGAGAACUCACAUUCCCUAAUCCCGACUACAUAUUCUCGAGCUCCGAACACAAAGAGUCCAACGAUAUCUCACCAAUCAGGGUUGUGUUGCACUCUUUCAUUCAGAAAGGACAUUUUGGGACAUCUGCAUUUGCCCUUAGUGGUUCUCCCAGUUUGCUGUCCAUGAGGAAAAUCUGUUUUCCAAACAAAGGUAGUAUCUGGUGUGGCAGCUCUGGCACCUGGGUGUUUCCUGUCGAGGCAACGGACAAUACCAUGACGAGAGAUGAUCCACCACUGACUGCGUUUGCUGAGGGGAGUGUCCCUGAAACUCCCGCUCGGUUAUUCAGAAAGCUAGCUGUGCAGCAGAGGAUUCUGGGACCUAUUCAAACAAGUAAGUCCAGUCUCCCAUGCAGCAGUAGUAAUAAAGACAUCCAAAGAUAGAUUCAACUUGUUUGUUUGUCUCCCUCACAGGACGAGAGUGCAUCUUCUCUGCACUGAAGCAGUCAGACAUGUGUUUGGUCUGCAUUGCGUUUGCCUCCUGGGUGUUAAGAUCAUCUGAUCCAGAGGCUGCUGAUACCUGGAAAGCAGGUAUGUAACAUCUCGCCAUGAUGUUACGGUCAUUGACCUGAUUUAAUCUACAACCAAAUGUCUGAUAUACUUCAGCUGUGUGGUGUGAGUGUACGAUCUGAUUUGCUAAUUUACAUUUCGUUGUUUUAAUACAAAUACUUGGCCAGGUAUUUUGAGCACCAAUCAGACUUUAAUGGCAUCUAUUAUUCGCAAUAAUGUAUCAAUAUCAAAUUUGAAGAACUAACCUCUGUUAAAAUCCUCUUCAGCUCUGCUAGCGAAUGUCAGUGCCCUGUCAGCUAUCCAGUACCUGCGGCAUUAUGUAAAGAAGAAUCCUUCGCAAGGUGAUCCCUGAUAUGUGCCCACAAGAGAUGUCAUUUCCAAACCUUUUUCACUCGGGUCCAUCCAUGAACAUAUUUCUGGUAAAUAUACUGUAUAUAUCUAACAAUUAAAGAUGUCCUCUGUUGAAUUGUUUGUUAAAGGAUGUAAAAGUCGGAGUAAAAAGAUUGAUGUAAAGUUGUUUGACUCUGUUAGGAGGUCUGGUGGUGAUGUUCCACCAGGAGAAAUCUGUGAGCUUUAUGUUUUAUUCACUCUGGCAGUUGUAUGAGGUCCCAGUCCCGUUCAUGCAGAUUGUGUGUGCCCCUGGUUUGGGUCAGGAGAAUCACAUCCUCUUAUCCAAAAUCAAUAUGAAUUUUAGUCUAUUUCAUAAACAUCGAAACACUCCUCACAGGAGCUUGAAGUGUUGCUGCUAAAUCAGAAUUUCAUCGCACUACGAAGGCACAGAGGUUAAAUUUGGGAUCUUCUUCCCGAGAUUAGCAGCCUGAUAAUCCAUGUUAAAAUAAACUAAUUGAUUGUAGCACUUAACGACAUUUUUGUCUGUGCUCAAUGAUUGAACCAUGCCAUGUAAGAUAAUGUUCUGUUUGUGCCGAACAUGUGGCUCUUUUGAGAUUUUGAACAGAUUCCAGGUAUGUGUCGGGCAUCUAUUUAGAAAGUUUUUGUUGUAGGCAUUGGUCUGGUUUUUGGUGAAUGUUAAGCAAGGACACAGUAGGUGACUGUUUGGUCUGGGUUUGAAGAAUCAGAUGUAAGACACGGGGUAAUCUUUUCCAUGAGACUCUCUGCCAGUGUAUCUUUCUUUAUUAUAGACAAACUCGGCCUGUAGAGGUAAAAGUGCAGAAUUUUAUUCUAUAGUCACAUUUUGGGAGGUCUAAAACAACUCAUAUCAUUUCAUAUAUCUGUCUCAUCUGGCCCUCUCUCUUUUGACGAUUUGCUCAAUGUAGAAUUACAUGUUGCUGCAUUAUUAGAACAGCUUAUACAAACAUUAACAUUUCUGUUGGGUUAUUUUCUUUCAGUGUUUUAACCACAAUUUAUAUAUUGUUGUCACUGUUAAUGAACUACCUUAUAGUUUUAGUCAAAC